AUGAAGGACAUAAAAAAUAAAAUUCAUUUAAGACAACGUUCGUUAUAUUCAUCAUCCAAUGGAGAUAUUAAAAAUAAUUAUGACUAUAUAAAACAUCAUGAGUAUGAUGAUAGAAUUGAUGAAAAAUUCAAGAAAGACAAUUUUGUAGAAAAAGAUGAAAAUGAAAUUAAUAAGAUAAAUGUAAGAAUAAAAAAAAAAUCUUUAGGAAACCCAACUUUUCAGGAAAAUAUUAAGUAUAAAAUGAAUCAAAAUAUGAGUAAAAAAAAAAAGAAAAAUUCUUUUAUAAAAAAUAUGUUAAAAAAAGCUGAAGAUAUAUUAUAUACCAACAGAAUAAAUAAUUUAUACAAUAAUAAUAAUGAUGAUGAGAAGAAAAAGAAGAACAAGGAGGAUACAUCAUAUAAAUUAAAAUCAUUAUAUUUAUUGAAUGAAUAUUUAAAUGUUGAACCUACUAACAAUGUAUAUUAUAGACGUAGAACACCACACGAGACACGUCGUCGAAGUGAUUUUAAUGGUAUUAAUCUUAAACCUUUUGUUAGAUAUAAAAGUUUAAGUAUAUUAGAAAAAGAAAAAAAUAAAAAUAAGGCAAUCAUAAAAAUAUCUAACGUAAAUCCAUAUUAUGUAUAUAAUAGGGCUCAUACUAUGAAAAAUCCUUCUCUCUAUAUAGAUUCAACCAAUUCAUAUAUAGGAAAUGAAAACCUUCCCAUGAACCUUAUGAAGAAUAACAUAAAGAAUAAUAUGAUGCAUAAAAAUAAUUACAAUGAUAAUAUUUUUCAUUCGAGUCAUCAAAAUAUGUUUAAUAAUAUUUAUGAUACUCCUAAUUUUGAUAUAUAUAAAAACCCAGAAAUUGGAAGAAGAAAUACUAUAUGUUCUAGCAUUUCAAAGUACAAUUAUAUGUACCCACAACAUUUAAAUUUUCAAAGAGAAAAUUAUAUAUUAAAUGGAUAUACACAUAAUAUAGAUAAUCAUAAUAAUAAUAAUAAUAAUAAUAAUAUGAUUAGUAAUAGCUAUCCUUUUUCUCGUUGUGAGGAUAGAAACGUAUCGAAAUAUAAUUCUUCUAAUUAUCAUGAGAAGAGAUUGAAGAAAGAAGAAAAAAAUAAAAAUAAAAAUACCAUUUUUAUUCAUUAUAAUGAUAAGAAAAAUAUAAAAAAGAAUAAUAGUAUAAACAAUAUAAAAGAUUAUGAUAAUAGUUCAAAUAAAAUAAGAACACAUAUAUCUAUUCCAUUAAAAAAAAAUACAAAUCAUAUGAAUCAUAAAAAAGAAUAUAACAUGGAUCCUAAUGUUGAUUAUAAUGAUAAGGAACAUCAUUCCAUUAAGGUAGAUACAAGUAGACCAAUCAAUAUAUCAUACAAUAAUAAUAAUAAUAGUAAUAGUAAUAAUAAUAAUAAUAGUAAUAGUAAUAGUAAUAGUAAUAGUAAUUAUAAUUAUAAUAGAGAAAAAAAGAAAAUACAUAAUAAUAAAGAAUUAUAUAAUUCAAAUGAUAAACAUCAAUCUUUCUGUACUAAUUCUUCAUAUACAAAAAAAUAUUCAAAACUUAAUAAAAGUUAUAAUGAUUUCAAAGAAUAUCCUAUUCAUUUUACAUAUCGAAAUGAAAAAAAAAAUUCUUCAAAAAAUGCCUUCCUUAUAAAUAAACCUCUUUGUUCAAGUAAUAAAAGGGAUAAUGAAUCAAAUGAAGAGUUUAAUAAUAGUAGCUACUCAAAUAUAUGUAGAGCUAGAGAAAUGUCUGAUCAAUUAUUUCAGAUCGAAAAUAAUUUGUCAAACAAACAAAUAAUAAAAAAUGUGUUUUCCAAUGAUAUAAUACGUUAUAGAGAUAAGGAUCAUAACAACAAUUUUAAAAGAGAAAAUGAGGAAGAUCGAAAUUUUAAAUUGUUACAUAAUAAAACAAGUAAAAAAUAUAAAAAUAAAAAAAAUAAAAUAAAAAAUAAUAAUAAUAAUAAUAAUAAUAAUAAUAGUAGUAGAAGUUGUAGUGUCAUUAUUAAUAGUAGUAGAAGUAGCAGUAAUAUUAAUAAUUCAAGUGAUGAUACAAAAAUGAUUAAAUAUUCCUUAUCACCAAAAAAAAACACUCAAAUGGAAAAGAAAAAAUAUAAAUAUUUUGAAGGACAUAGGAAUAAAAACAAGACGAAUAAUAAUAUAUCAUCAUAUAAUAAUAUAAAGUAUGAACAAAUAAAAGAUAUGAAUUUUCCUUCAAAUUAUAAGAAUAAUAAGAUUUUACUAAAACAAUAUAAUACAUCAGCAAAAGAUGAAUUACAUAAUGAUUCUUAUAUUUUGAAUGAUGAUAGUUUGGAUAACUCAAUAAAUACAAAAGUAAAGUAUCCCAUUUUAAAAACAAUCACAAUUAUUUCUGAUGGGAAAAAUGAUAUUAAUAAAAAAUUAAAGAAACAGGAAAAAUAUAUAAGAGAUAAUAUAAAACAAAAGAAAAAAACAGAAAUUAACUUGUGGAGUGAUAAACAAAUUGUUGCUUCAGAGAAUAGUAGAAAUGUAAAUGAAUUUAAUAUUUAUGAUAAUAAAAUUAAUGAAAAAAAUGAUAUGGAUAUAAUUAUUGAAGAAAAUAUGAAGAACGAUGAAAGAAAUAAUAUUAUUAGGAAGAAAAAGAACAAAAGUAAUAGUACACAAUGUAGUAAUAUAAAUAAUUUGGAUAUACAUAAAAAUAAAAAAAAUUUAUAUGAAUAUUCACAAAAUUAUUUGCAUGAUAAUUUUAAGGUUAUAGAAAACGAAGAUAGAAAAGAUAAAUAUACAAAUAGUUCUCAUACGUCAGAAAUUUUGAGAAACAUGAAAGAAGUACAUAAUUUACCUAAGCGAAUUCUACAUAAUGAUAGCCAUGCUUCGCAUCAUGAUAAUAGCAUAUACCAUGGAAAUAUUUCAUCAGUUGAUUAUAAAAAGUUUAAUUCAGAAAUAGAAGAAUUAAAUGAUUCCAAAUCGUUUGGUAGAAAAUAUACAGGUCGUAAUAUAAAACUAGAACAACUCAAACAUGUUAAAGAUGAUAAAUAUAAAGGGAAUAAUAUAAUGUUACAUAAGAACACUUAUUCUCAUAUAUAUGAUAAACAAAAAAGCAAUUCAUACGUUAAUAUAAAUAACAAUGUCUUAAAAGAUAAAGAACAUAUUAAAAAGAAUAAUUCUUUAGACAAAUCCUUUUCUAAAUUAAAUAGGAGCAAUGUAAUACACCCUAGACAAUCAUAUAAAGCUACAUAUGAAAACAAAAAAUUUAAGGAAAGAGAAAAAAGAACAAAAGAGGCUGAUAAAAAUAACAAAAAAAACAAUUUUGUUAUACAAAAGUAUAAUGAUUCUAAUAUUAAUAAAAAGGAGUUAGAAACAAGUAACAAUAAAUUAUAUGAACACAUCUUAAAUGAAGAUAUAUUUUAUAAAACUAAUAAUACAUUAACAUCUUCAUUUGAUGAUAAUUCAUAUAAUAAAGGAAAAAGGCAAUUAAUCGAAUACUCAAAUAGUAUUCAUGAUGAUAAAUAUUAUGAUAUAAAUGAAAUAGAUAAUUAUAAAAGGUAUAACAGAGGAAUAAUAAAAAGAAAUGACUAUACUGAUGGAAAUACAACUAUUAGUACUAAUAAUUCAUCAUGUACGCUACAUGACGAUAAUAAAUUUAAUCAUUCUAAACAUAAAAAUAUGGAAUUGCACAAAAAUAUGUUACACUGUAAAAAUGUGUCACAAUAUAAAAAUAUGUCACAAUAUAAAAAUGUGUCACAAUAUAAAAAUGUGUCACCAUGUAAAAAUGUGUCACAAUAUAAAAAUAUGUCACCAUGUAAAAAUAUGUCAUCAUAUCAAAAUAUGUCACCAUGUAAAAAUAUGUCAUCAUAUCAAAAUAUGUCACAAUUUAGAAAUCAUUUAAAACAAUAUAAAAAUACAAAUUAUAAAAAGGAUAAUUAUCCAUUAGUUAAAAUAUCAAACGGUAUAAAAAAAAAAUAUAUAUUAAAUAAUAAAAGGUCUGGUAAUGAAAUAUAUAAUAAAGCAUAUUAUAGUGAGAAUAAUACCAGUAGCGAAUUAUACUCUAAUAAUACAAGUGAGGAAAAAAAAAGAAACCAUAAAGAUAUUACAUGUGGUAAGGAUCUUAAGCAGUCUACAAGCCACUAUGUGGACAAUUAUAAUUCAUCAAAAGAUAUAAAGGAAAAGAGAUUUGAUAAGGUAAAAACCAAAAUGAAUAAUUAUGUGGAUGAUAAUAAUUAUAUUGAAACAAAUGACGAUGUGGAUGAUAAUAAAUAUAUACAUACAGAUAACGAUGUGGAUAAUAAUAAUUAUAUUGAAACAGAUGACGAUGUGGAUGAUAAUAAAUAUAUACAUACAGAUGACGAUGUGGAUGAUAAUAAAUAUAUACAUACAGAUGACGAUGUGGAUGAUAAUAAAUAUAUACAUACAGAUGACGAUGUGGAUGAUAAUAAAUAUAUACAUACAGAUGACGAUGUGGAUGAUAAUAUCUCUCUCUAUAGUAACAAUAAUAAAUCAGUAUACCAAUGUACAAAAGAGGAUGAUGAAGGAAAAGCCUCAUAUAUAAGUAAUAGGAAUAAUUAUAUUAAAUUAAAUAAAAAAAUGGAAGGAACAAAAGAUCAUUUAUAUAAUAAACGUUACAAUUCUUCCAAAAUAUCUUCCUAUUCGAAGAUAAAAAAAUCGAAUCUUUUAAAUUCCAAAUUAAAAGAUAAUGAAUACACAAAUGAAAUUAAGAACAAUAUAAGAUAUAAUCAAAAUAAUAUUAGUAAUAAUAAAAUUUAUAAUGAUAAUAAAUCAGAAAGGGAUAAAUAUACUGAGAGAGGAUCAAGAGAAGUGAAAUAUAAUACAUCGAUAGAUAAUGUAAAUUAUAAAGAAAAAAAAAACAAAUAUCAGAGUAAUAAAAAAUGUGUUAAUCAUGAAGCAUUUUUAUCAACACAUGAACAAAGUAAAUUUUUUAAUAACGAAAUAAAGAAGAACGAAAUAAAUGAUAUAAACAUGAAGAAUAGUAGAAGCAAAUCAAGUUAUAAAAAGGAAAGUUAUCUUGAUAAUAGUAAAGAUAAAAAUUCAUCACAUGAAAGCUAUGAAAAUAAUAUAUCGGAAAAUGUAAUAAACAAAAUGGAUGGAUUUUAUAAAAGUUUAACACCACAUGAAAUUAAGAAAAAUAUCUAUUGUUCAAAUAUAAGUGAGGAAGAAAAAAAUAAUUAUUUUCCAAGUCAAUCUAUAUUACGUUGUGAUAAAACGAAAAACACUUCUACACAAGAGAUAGAUGGAGAUACUAUUAAUAAAAUUGUAAAUCAUUAUGAUGAACAAUAUAUAAAAGAUAAAAGCGAUUUAGAUAUACGUAAUGAGAGGAAUGAAAAAGAUAAAGUAUAUAAAAAGUGUUGUAGUUUAAAGCAAAAUAGAAUGAUACAGAAACAUAGUUCCCUUGAUGAACAAAAUGAAGAUCAUGACAAGGUAGAAAUAUAUUAUAAGAAAAAGGAGAAUGAUAUGGAUAAAUAUAUAGAACAAGAAAAACAAAAAAAAAAACAAAAUGACAAUAAUAAAAUGAAUAAUAAUUUUAUUUCAUCAGAAGAUGUCAAUUUCAAAAAUAAAAGUGAUAUAACACAGCAGCAUAAUUAUGGAGAUAAAGCUAGUACACAUUAUAAUAUAAAUGAAGAUGAAAAAAAAAACAAUGACAUAAAUAAUAUGUGUGUUAACACAAUAUAUAGUAAUGAUGAUGAAAAUUUAUUUCAAGAACAAAAAAAAGAAAAUGUUUAUUGCAAAAAAUUAAAGAAUGAUUUAAUAAAAGAUAACUAUUCGUUGGAUAUACAAAAUGAUAAAACUAAACAAACAUAUACAUCACAUAAUAUUAGAAGUAAUAUAUAUAAUUAUCAGCUUGAUAGACAUACAUAUGAUUUACAAAAUAAUUCUAAGAAGGAUGAAGAUAUUUCAUUUAAUAAGGACAAUAAUAUAACCUUAUUAAAUGAAAAUGAUAUAGCUUUUGAUAAAGAUAAAAAUAUAAUAGAAAAUAAAUAUAAUAAAUUAUUAUACAGUGAUAUAUAUAAAACUGAAGGAAACGCAAAAAAAUUGAAGCAAAAUAGUUUGUGUAAAAUUAUUGAAGAGCAAAACAAAAAUGAUCAGAUAAAUAAUUAUAAAAAUUGUACACAUAACAAGGAUAGUGUAUAUGAUAAAGAUGAAAUAACUAUGGAAAAGAACAAUAUAUUAGAUAAGUCGUAUUAUAAGGAUAUUAGAAAUGAACACAGUAACGAUAUAUAUCAUAAUAAUAAUAUUACGUGUCAAUCAUUGAAAUCGGAGAAUUAUAAUAUAAAUCAUUCAAAUGUUAACCAUAACAAUAAUGGAAAAUAUUUACAAGGUGUUGUAGGAAUUAAUGAAGCAAAUGAAUAUUUAAAGAAUCAAUUAAAUGUUCUAUUAAAAGAUAAUAAUCAAAUAAAUAAAAAUGAAAAGAAUAAUGUUGAUGAGAAUAACUGUUAUAAUAAUAGCAUGGACAAAAGUAAGCAUAGUUCAAAAGAAAAGGUUUAUAUUAAUAAUAAUGAUGAGAUACCUAUAAAAUUUGAGAAAUUGUACACCUCUCAUAUAUAUAAUGAAAAAAAAGGAAAUAUUAUGAUGGAUGAAAAUAUAGAUAAGUAUAAUGAUGAUAAGAAUAAAGGAUCACAUUUUAAAGAGGAAAAUUUCAACUUGUAUAGAAAGAAAUUAAGUGAUAUAAAAAAUAUAAAUGGGAAAAAUACUACAAAUAUAAAUAAUUCUGAGGAAGUAUUAUUAAAUAAAGAUUUAAUUAAAAGUAUGGAUAUAUCUAAUCCGAUUAGAGUUGAUGAAAAUAAUGCUUCAACAUAUAUAAAUAAAAAUAUGGAUAAUAAUGUUAGUAUUAUAAAUACAAAUAAAAAUAAUACUAUACAUAACAAUAAUUAUGAAUUAUCUGUUGAUAAUAUAAAAAGAGAAUUUAAUGUUGAUAAAACAAGUAUACAUAACGUUUGUAGUUUAGAUACUAUUAAAGGGGAAAAUGUAUUAAAGAAGCCAAUUUUAAAUAUAAUAAGUGAUGAUGAAAAUAAUAAAAACGAUACAGUGAAAAAGGGUAUAGAGAAUACUAAUAAUAUAAAUACAAUGAAUGGUACAAAAACAAAUAAUUAUAUGGUUAAUAGUUUUACAAUGCCAAAUAUUUCUAAUAUAAUACAUAAUAAACAUAUGUUAUAUACAAAUAGGUUUAAUGAAAAAAAUAAAAUGAAUAUAUAUAAUUCUGCAAGUCAUCAAACCAUACUGGGAGAACAAGGAAAUUAUAAUAAUUUAUUUUGUAAUCCUAAUAUGGUAAAUAAUGAAAAUAUCAAAAGGAUUUUAUAUAAUAAAGCUCUUACUACUGCAAAUAUAGGUCACACACAUAACAACAACAAUAAUAAUAAUAUUAAUAAUAAUAAUAAUAAUAAUAAUAUAUUAUAUAAUCAAAUGAAUAAUGAUCAAUAUAAUAUUAAUAAAAUUAAUACAUUUGAUUAUCUAAAUAAAUAUAAUAAUAUGCCCAUGGAUAUUUCUACAUUAAAUAAAUCAGACUAUGGGAAUCUUCAAAAUGAUAAUCUGAAUAAUAUAUGUAUACUUCCACUGAACCCUAAUAUACAACAACAUUCAUUUAAUUACAAUAUGAAUACUGGUUAUAUACCUAAUAAUAAUUUUCUUUAUAAUAAUAAAUUAUGUUAUGAUGAAUCUGGAAAAAUUUUUAUAAGAGGUGACAAGCCUCUUAAUAAUGGAGCGAUAAUAUAUAAUGGAAAUAAGUUAACAUAA